AUGUACGGGCAGCAUUGGUACGACAGUGCACUGAGGAGUCUGGGACGAACGGGGCUGUCCGUGAUGGUGACGAGUUUUACUGCGAGAUUGUUUGGCGGAGUUACGAAGGAGGAGAGGCUCAGCGCAAACGAUCUGUGCCUUCGAUGCAAGAAACACCCACAGGCGACGAAGCAGUUCGAUCUCUGGAGCGCACCCGACGUGCUCGUCGUGCACCUCAAGCGGUUUGGCAGCAGCCGUGCAUUGCCCGACAAGAUCGACGUGUUCAUCUAUUUCCCCGUUACUGGUCUCGACCUAGGCGAUGUCGUAGGAGAGAGGAGAGUGGCGAGGGACUUGAAGGCGAAGGGGGUUGAUGUGGAGGCUUGA